CUAGAAGCUCCGAGUCUAUGGCUGGGCGCGGCCCCGAUUGGCUGGCGCGGCCCGCGGGCGUUGCUAGGGAGACGGGCGGCGCCAUGGCCCGGCUGGAGGUGCUGGUCCAAGGCGGCGGCGGCGGCGGCGGCGGGCAGCGCUCUCGGGCCGGGCUGUGCUCGCUGACGGCGCUGGCCCUGCUGCUGCUCGGCGCUCUCACUUACCUGCCGCCCCUGCUGGUGGCCUACCGGAGCCACGGGUUUUGGCUGAAGCGGAGCAGCUAUGCGGAGCAGCCGAGGGUCCACUUCCGGCACGAGGUGCUGCUGGAGGCGCUGCUGGACGGCGGCGGCGGGGCAGCAGUGGGCUGGAGCUCCUUCCCGGCCUGCAACCGCCUCCUGGGUGCCCGCCUGCGCCCCCCGCUCCUCUCGGCUAGAGAGGAAGACUCAAAUCAGGAUGGUAUAAUGGACCGGCUGAACUUCCGCCUGGAACUUCCGUUGCAAUCUACUGAGCAAGUAGUUGGAAUCCAGUUACUGCUGACCUUUUCUUACCAUUUGCAUAGAAUGUCCACAUUUGUGAUGCAGAGCAUGGCCUUCCUGCAGUCCUCCUCCCCUGUGCCAGGGUCACGAGUCUUUGUGAGCGGAGACCUGAAGCUUCAGCAAAGGCAACCCCUCAGCCAUUGCGGGCUGGACAACAGAUACAAUGUCUCUGUGAUCAAUGGCACAAGCCCUUUCGCACAGGACUAUGACCUUGUGAAUAUCAUUGCAGCCUAUCAGGAAAGAAAUGUCACAACAGUCUUGUCUGGUCCCAGCCCUGUCUGGGUGGCUGGAAGAGCCUCCAGGGAGCCCUUUGUAGUCGAGGCCAUCAUUCGUUAUCCAGUGGAGGUGAUUGUAUAUCAGCCAGGCUUCUGGGAGAUUAUCAAGUUUGCCUGGAUCCAGUAUGUUGGUAUCCUGCUGAUCUUUCUUUGGGUUUUUGAAAGGAUCAAGCUCUUCCUCUUCCAGAAUCAAGUGCUGACUACAGCACCCCUGCCACCCGUUCCUCCCAUGUUGUCAUACAAAGAGCACCAGUCCUGAGGAGAUUCCCGUCUGCUCCAGCACGAACAAAUCUACCUCCUGGUCGCUUUCUUCACAUGCUUUGCACUUGGAAGAUGAGGAAGGUAUUGGGAUGGCAAGAGCUGAACAGACUCUGUAUCUCAGCCUCUCUCUGCCAGGGAUUUGGUUUUGUGGGAGCUCCUCAGUCCUGGUUUCAGAAAGCUCUCAGUAGCUGCUUUUGGCUAUCAGGUAUAUUUCAGACACAAGUCACACAUGAAUACUCACAUACCUGCUGAUGUAUGUUUAGCUGGUAAGAGGAACGUUUUUCUUAUGAAAGCUGUGGUAAUAAAACGUGUUGUCUUAAUUGGU